AUGUCUUUUCAACGAUCGCUGCGGCUCUUUAGUCAGCCAGCACGCUUCCAGAUCCCGGGCCGAGCAGUCUGUCAGAAGAGAUGGCUUGCCACGGAAGUCGACGCGUCGAAACUGCCACUUGCGGGCGUGAGAGUGCUUGAUAUGACCCGCGUGCUGGCCGGCCCGUACUGCACACAAAUCCUCGGAGACCUAGGAGCAGAAGUCAUCAAGAUCGAACAUCCCACGAGAGGCGAUGAUACGAGAGCUUGGGGUCCUCCAUAUGCUUCAUAUACUGAGCAGAGUGGACAGCAAGGACCCGGAGAGGCAGCGUACUUUCUCGCAGUCAACCGCAACAAGAAGUCGAUUGGCCUGUCAUUCCAGGACAAAGCCGGCGUUGACAUCUUGCACAAGCUGGCCAAGCAGUGCGAUGUCCUGGUGGAGAACUAUCUGCCCGGAGCACUGAAGAAGUACGGCAUGGAUUACGAAAGCGUCUCGAAAGUCAACCCGAACAUUAUCUACGCUAGCAUAACCGGCUACGGCCAGACGGGUCCUCACAGCAAGCGAGCAGGCUACGACGUGAUGGUUGAAGCUGAAAUGGGCUUGAUGCACAUCACAGGACAUCGAGAUGGGCCACCUGCUAAGGUCGGCGUCGCCGUGACAGAUCUGACCACUGGUCUUUAUACCUCAAACUCAGUCAUGGCCGCUCUCAUUGCUCGGGGCAGGACUGGCAAAGGACAGCAUAUCGAUGUGGCGCUUGCGGACUGCCAGAUCGCCACACUCGCCAACAUUGCGAGCUCCUGUCUGAUCAGCGGGAAGCCUGAUUCCGGACGAUGGGGAACAGCGCAUCCAUCCAUCGUGCCAUACAAAGGCUUCAAAACAAAGGACGGUGAUAUUCUUCUCGGCGGCGGAAAUGACAGACUAUUCGGCGUGCUCUGCGAAAAGCUCGGCAAGCCAGAAUGGGCACAGGAUGCCAGAUUCAAAACCAAUCCCGAUCGCGUAAAACGAAGAGACGAGCUCGAAGAUCUGAUCGAAAACAUCACAAAAACAAAAACCACUCAGCAGUGGCUCGACAUCCUAGAAGGCAGCGGGAUGCCUUACGCCCCGAUCAACGAUGUCAAGCAAACUCUUGAACACGAGCAUACUCAAGCUCGUGGCAUGGUCACAGAAAUCUUUCACCCAACAUGCGGUCCAAUGAAGCUCGUCUCGCCGCCGGUCAAGUUCUCUCACAGCCAACCGCGCAUCAGAACGCCACCACCCACGCUCGGCCAACAUACUGACGAACUCCUUACGGGGAUUCUUGGUAUGGAGCCUAAUGAAGUCGAAGCUUUGAAAAAUCAAGGCGUAAUUUCAUGA